CUUUCUGCCACUCCCUCACUCUGGUGUGUGGUCUCGCUAGCGUACACUAGGCUAGAGUUCAGUGCUUGUCAGAACGUUUGUCCUUCCGAGUUUCUGAAAUCAAGAGGAGAAUGUUUCGCUGGGUAGCUGCUGCUGUCUUGGUGCUGGGACUUGUUGGGUUCCAGAUCACCGACGCCAUGAAUGAGCAAGAGGAGUUGGAAUUCUUGAUUGAUCGUGUCCUGAAGGAAUUAACCGAAGACAAGAAAUCUGAAGUCGACAUUGCGGCGACCAAGCGGAUCUCCGGUGGACUGAGUGGACCGCUGAAAGCGAACGAUGAAAUUCAGGGAUAUGUUGAUCAGGUGAAAUACAUGGCAGAAGCGGCCGUGGGAAGAAGUUUCGAGAAGUUUGAAGCCAAGCUGUACAGAUAUCAGAUUGUCGCUGGUAUCAACUAUUUUGUUAAGGUUGAUACUGGUGAUGGCAAGUUUGUUCAUGUACGUCUGUAUAAGUCACUCCAAGGAGAAGUCGAAUUGAACAGCAUCCAAGAUGGAAAGACUGAAACUGACAAACUGGAAUACUUCAAAUAAGAACAGAUUAGUUUUCUGUUUUGAACCCAAGGUUGACUGGAAAAGAUUUAACCUGUGAAUUUAACAUUAUAUUUUAAGUCGGUGGAUGAUAUGUAUAAUGCACUACGCAGCAGUAGAGUUUUUAUAGCAGUAGUAGUGAAUCCUCUUUUAAAGGGAAAAUACAACAUUUGCAAACAUCCAAAAAUAAAACUACCAAAUUCUUUUGAAAUACCUAGCUGGAAUAUUAGUGAAUGACAGUCUAAAGCAUCUUGUAAAAUCAUGGCACCUGGUAUGUUGUCGUUUUCAAGAAAAGUGGUAUUUUUCGUAUCAAUUUCCAACGCUGGUCGGUCGUACAGCUUAAUAUAUAUUAGGCUGAUUUGUCCGGUGCCCGUUUUACUAUACUGUACGUGCCACACGGCCGUGCCUGCACACGUACACGUACGUACUAGCACGUUUGUUUAUGGUGAAUAUCGAGGAUUUUUCUAUUGUUCCUCUUAUGUUUUCCUUUAGUUAUACUUUUUUGCAACAGCUCUCAUUGGUUUUGUACACAUUUUCUAACCGAGGAGUCCUCGCUUUGGUUCCUGUCCUCAAUUUAUCGAUGAUGUUGCACGUGUGUGUCCUCAAUUUACACCAUUAACGAAAAUAACUUUGUUUCGGCUGAUUUCCGAAACUGCUAUCCGCCUGUCCGCAACUCUCGAAAAAGAGGCGUGUCCAGCGGGGGUUAAGGGGGCAUUUGCACAUGUGCGAUAGCCUAGUAGUGUGCAUGAUCGUCGGAUUUGAACAGCGCCCCCACUGGAAGAUUGUACCACCCCCACCCCCCGCCCCCACUAUUUAAUGUUAUGGAGGCUAAGUGUCCGGAGAAAACAAAUGUCUGUAUUUCAGCACUGAUUUGCUGACGGGCCUGACC